GGAAGCAUAAAAAAUUACUACAUUGUGCUUUGAUUUUAAAAUCAAAUAACUUUUAUUAUUUUAUUUGGUUUGCACAUUUAUGCCCUUUGCAGCGCCUAUAUACUGCAACUGGAACCUUCUUCAACCUUCAGCGACUGCGCAUUGUAGCAUUUUUGUUGUCACUGGGGAUAGAACGUUUCCGAGACCAACCCAGUAAACUCUCUGCGAUGGAGGAUCACAAAGUUGCGAUUUUUUUGUGAUUGGAUCGGAUGCGACUCAGCAUUGUGGGUAUCGAAGCAAUGCAUAGAGCGAUCUCGUUUCUCAUUCAACCGCGAUGCCUCCUUCUCAUAGUUGUUCUCUCAAUUUUCUUGAUUCUCGCAUUAUCUGGUUCCAAACGAGUUGAAGAGAAAGAAGAAGAACUUGAAAUUACAGAUAGAGUAUUCUUGGAUGUUGAUAUUGAUGGACAGCGUCUAGGUAGGAUUCUCAUUGGAUUAUAUGGCAAAGUUGUACCAAAAACUGUGGAAAAUUUUAGAGCUUUGUGCACAGGGGAGAAAGGAAAGAAUGCCAGUGGUGUAAAACUUCAUUACAAAGGAAUACCAUUUCAUAGGAUAAUAUCAGGUUUCAUGAUUCAGGGCGGUGACAUUGUUCAUCAUGAUGGUAGAGGAUAUGAAUCAAUUUAUGGUGGCACUUUUCCUGAUGAGAAUUUCAAGAUAAACCAUUCUAAUGCUGGUGUAGUCUCUAUGGUGAAUUCAGGUCCUGAUUCCAAUGGCUCACAGUUUUUUAUUACAACAGUGAAGACCGCUUGGUUAGAUGGAGAACAUGUUGUUUUUGGCAAGGUUGUCCAAGGCAUGGAUACUGUGUUUGCAAUUGAAGGGGGUGCUGGAACCUACAAUGGGAAACCCAGAAAGAAGGUAGUUAUUGCAGACUCUGGAGAGAUACCCAAGAGCCAGUGGGAUAUGGAAAGAUGAGCUUCCUUGGUGAAACGGCAACAAAUUAUUCGACAAGUUCAAAAAAUUGAAUUAGAUCUUUGUUUUAUAGUAUUAAAUUUCCUCUGUAAAAAUGCCUACGAAAUAUCGCUAGUCAAUGGUUCGAAAAAAGUCCCAUGUCAAUAAAAUGUUUCACAAUAGACCCAUUGGUAUUUAAUAUGUAAAAGUGACCUAAAAUAGCCAAUCAUCUUUCUUCUUUAUUGGUAA